GACUUCGGCGAGAAGAAAAAGAAAAAGAAGAAGGACAAGAAGGACAAGGACGGCGGCGACGACGGCGACGACGCCGGCGGCGACGACGGCGAGUUCGGGAAGAAGAAGAAAAAGAAGAAGAAGAAAGUCGACGAGGACGAGGACGACGCGGAGGGCGGCGACGGCGACGACGGCGCCGCCGCGAAGACGGGAUCGGGGCUGCCCUGGGACGGGACGACGCGCGAUUACCACUACGACGAGCUCCUCGGCCGCGUCUUCGGCAUCUUACGCGAGAAGAACCCGGCGCUCUCGGAGAAGACGAAGACGAUCAUCAAACCCCCGCAAGUCCUGCGCGAAGGCACGAAGAAGACGGUGUUCGUGAACCUCAUGGAGAUUUGCAACGCGAUGCACCGAGCGCCGGAGCACGUGAUUCAGUACCUCAUGGCGGAGCUCGGGACGUCGGGGACGCUGGACGGACAGAACAGAUUGAUCUUGAAAGGGCGGUUUCUUCCGAAGGUUUUCGAGGGCGUGUUGCGGCAUUACUUCAUCGAUUACGUCAUCUGUAACAUGUGCAAGAGCGCGGACACGCUGCUCGUGAGGGAAGGAACGACGCGGUUGAGCUACUGCCGUUGCCAAGCGUGCGGCGCGAGUCGAUCGCUGAGCAAGAUUCAAAAAGGUUUCCAAGCC